GGGAACUAGUACUACUACAUGAUGACAUUAUUUUAGGCUUAUUUUUUGGAUGCAAAGUUUCCUUCUAGAAAUCUAACAAAAAGGGGACUCAAAAUUCACUCUCUCUCUCUCUAGAAUUACGUUCGAGCAGAGGUCAGCUUGAGGGCAUCAACAAGCUUAUCUACUCAGAUUACUCUGUGAGUAAUGGAAGAACAUGAGGAUCGUGAUACGCCUAGUAUUGAGAAAUCUAGUGUGAUUGUUGAUUCUACUGCAGUCGAUGAAGUCGUAACUGGGAGAUUGGGUGGCGGGGAGGGGAAAAACGAGGGUUUUUUGUCUGAGAGAGAUGAAGGGGAGGAUAUGAUGGUGGAUGUUGUGGGUGCCGAUGAGGUUGAUGGUGAUCAUGGCCGUGAUGAUUUGGAUAGUAAGGCGGGUUCUGUUGGGUUGGUUGAAGAGUGUACGGAGAAAGAAACACAGACUCAUGAUCCGAAAAUGGAUACUGAAGAAGCUGCAGGUUCUGGUGAAGAUGUUUGUCAUACUUCAGUUGGAAGCAGGGUUUUAACUUUUGAGAAAGUUGAGGUGACAGUGAAGGAAGAAGGUCUAAAUAGAAGUUUAGAGGCAAGCAGAGAUGUUCUUCAAGAUUCUGAUAGGGUUUUAACUUUUGAGAAAGUUGAGGUGGCAGUGAAGGAAGAAGGUUUGGAGAGGAGUUUAGAGGUAAGCAGAGACGUUCUUCAAGAUUCUGAUGGUGAUGCUCAGAAAUCUGGAACCUGUGUAAGAGAUUCUGAAAUGGCUUAUGAAUCUUCAAGGGGAGAGCCUCAAUUUGGUGCAGAUAUUGCUCUAAUAGACAGCAAGGAGCUAACAGAAAGAGGUUUGACCGAGGUGGUUGUGGAGCAGAAUGUAAAAUCUGUUGAAGAUGUGGCUGGGGGAGAUCAUGUGAUGGAUGGAAAACCCGGAAAAGAAGCCGAGAUUUUAGAUUCCUCAAAGAUUGCAGAGUCAUCAACUACAACAGCUGAUCUUGGUUCACUGGAAGUAGACUUGAUGGUUGUGGAGAAGGAUUUUGCCAGCAAAGACGAAGCGCAAGAUAUUGUUUCUGUGGAUCCAAGUUUAGUUUGUGAUAAUAAUCAAAAUUCUUCAACUGAGUUGGUCAAUGCAGGAACUGAUGAAGUUGCUGGAAGGAGCAACGAAGAUGGUCCGCAUCCAACAAUCGAAGUUGAUUCUCAAAGAAGAGAAAAUGGUUUGAUAGAUAUGGAGAAAUCACAGAGAGGUUUGUCCAAGGAGAUCAUGAAACAGCCUAUUGAAUGUGAACAAGCGGCUGAUGGAGAUUGUAUUGUGAACGGAAAAAUUGGAAAAGAAUCUGAAGCUUUAGAUUCCUCAACGAUUUCAGAGCCAUCAACCACAACCAAUCUUGGCUCUAAUCCUGGUUCUGAGGACGUUGAUGUUGUCGUUGUAGAUGAGGGCUUCGCCUGCAAAGAUGAAGCCCAAGGUGGUGUUUUUGUGGAUCCAAGUUUAGUCUGUGAUAAUAAUCAAAAUUCUUCAACUGAGUUGGUGAAUGCAGGAACAGAUGAAGUUGCUAGAAGGAGCAACAAAGAGAGUCUGCAUCCAACAACCGAAGAUGAUUCUCAAAGAAGAGAAAGUUUGAUAGAAAUAGAGGAAUCACAGAGAGGUUUGUCCAAGGAGAUCAUGGAACAGCCUAUUGAAUGUGAACAAGCGGCUGAUGGAGAUUGUAUUGUGAACGAAAAAAUUGGAAAAGAAUCUGAAGCUUUAGAUUCCUCAAUGAUUUCAGAGCCAUCAACCGCAACCAAUCCUGGUUCUGAGGACGUUGAUGUUGUUGUAGAGGAGGGUUUAGCCUGCAAAGAUGAAACGCAAGGUGGUGCUUCUGUGAAUCCAAGUUUGGUUUGUGAUGAUAAUAGAAAUUUAUCAACAGGUGAAGAUGAUGUCAAUGUGCAAGCUGAAAAUCUGGACCAACAAGCUGAAGUUGCCAAAUUGAGCAAAAACCAGAGUUUUCAUCCAACAACUGAAGUUAUAACAAACGAUGCUCAAAAGCCUGAAAAAGGAACUGGGGUAGGAGAUUCUAAAUUGGCUGUUGAAUCGUCUAAUGGAGAGCCUCAAUUUGGACGAGAAACUGAUGUAAAAGAUAGAGAGGAAACAGAAAGGGGUUUGACCGAGGAUGAGGAGAUUGUGGAACAGCAUACUGAAUCUGUUCAAGAGGUGAUUUAUGGAGAUGGUGUGAUGGAUGAGAAAACUGGAAAUGGAGAUGAGGUUUUAGAUUCUUCAAAGAUUCCAGUAUCAUUAACCACAGCCCAUCUUGGUCCCGAAGAAGUUUUAACCACAAAAGUUGAAGCUAAAGAUAGAGAUUCUGAGGGUCCAAGGUUACUGUACCCUGAUAAUCGAAGUUUAUCGACUGAGKUGGUCAAUGCUUUUGAGGAAGUCAAUGGUGUGACACCUUGUGCAGAUGUAGCCAAAGAUUGUGGUCUUCAUGAGAACUUAGAAUUUUCAUAUGAAGAUGCUCACAUGGAGAGAGGAGAAGAUGCAGGGAUGGACAUUGAUGAAGUAUUGGGAUGGAAAGAUGAAAUGUCAGAAAUUGACGUUUUAAGUGGUAAUGCAGAUCAUCCAGAAACAGAUCAAGACUUUAACAUUAACGUGAAUUCUGAAGGUGGCGUGGAACAGGUACUUCUAGAAUCUUCUUGUGAACCAGUCGUCAUUGGCCAGCUAGAGGAAAACUGCAAGUCUCGACAACCCAUAGUGUAUGAGCGUCGUGUGCAUGUUGAGGUUCCACUUUAUGAUUCACUGGAUGGAAGUAGAUCCCCUCUAUUGGAAGAUGAAAAUUUGAAGGUUGAAACAGACUCAGAGGAAGAUGAUGAAUCUGUGCAAGAAGAGGAGAGAAAGGCAGUUGGACGAUCCACAAAUGAGGUCACCGAGCCUCUUGAGAAUGAAAGCUCGUGUUCAUUGCAACAAUCAUGUUAUUUCCAGCCACGGGGAAAAGGACGGUUCUCUGUUUCUGAUUUGGUUUGGGGUAAAAUAAGGAGUCAUCCAUGGUGGCCUGGGCAGAUAUUCAAUCCUUCUGAUGCAUCAGAGAAGGCCAUGAAGUAUCAUAAAAAAGAUUGCUUUUUGGUAGCAUAUUUUGGAGAUGGUACUUUUGCUUGGAAUGAUUCAGCUGUCCUGAAGCCAUUCCGGCCAAAUUUUUCUCAAAUAGAGAAGAAUACCAAUUCAGAAUCGUUCAAAAAUGCAGUUAGAUGUGCUUUGGAUGAGGUUUCCAGACGGGUAGAGCUGGGGCUUGCAUGCUCUUGUGUUCCUCAGGAGAUCUACGAGACAAUUGAAUAUCAGAAUGUGGAAAAUGGAGGCAUUCGUCGAAAAUCAAAUAGAAGACCUGGUGCCGAUGAAUCUGCUGGCGUGAGUUCUUUUGAACCUGAUAAACUUGUGGAUUAUGCGAGACUUUUGGCGCGGUUUCCUGGUGAAGGUGACAAAAUGGAGCUUGCAAUGGCAAAAGCUCAGUUAUCAUCUUACGGUCGUUAUAAGGGAUAUCGAAACCUGCCUGAGUUUCAGUUUUGUGGAGAGAUAUUGGAAGAAGAUGCCUCGAUGCUAACUGAAGGAGAUGAACAUGUUAAUAACCAUGGUGCGAAAAUAUCAGAAAAUUUUGAAAACAAUCUGAUGGACGGUGAAUAUCCCCACAAGGAUCGAAGUUUAUCAGAUCUAACGGAUGAUGCACCAUAUUCUGGAGAUGGUGACCGCACAGAAGGGGGCAACGUAACCAGCAGUUUAGUUUCGUCAUCUGGUUUAAAAAAACGCAAGGCUCGCGAUUCCAUUUCUAAUGGUUCAAAGAAAAGGCCAAGUCUACGUCUUGAGAAAGUACCUUCUGCUCUAAUUUCAACUCCUAAGCCGUCUUUCAAAGUUGGCGAAUGCAUUCAACGGGUAGCGAGCCAGCUGACUGGGCCACCAUCGGUUCUGAAGUCAAACAGCGAUCCGAAUGGUCAACAUGCUGACCAACUAGUUGGACCUGCUGUUUCCUUGCAGAUUCCUGAAAACUCGGAAGAGGAAAUGAUGAUUGUGGAGGGUAAGCAAUCAUCUGUGGCUGAGAUGCUAUCACAACUGCACUUGGUUGCUCAAGAUCCCAUGAAAGGAUACAGCUUUUUAAAUACCAUCAUCCCAUUCUUCUAUGAUCGAAGAACAGCUGUUUUCAGCAAGUCCAUAAGGCAAAAUUCAUCCGUCGGAAGACCAGUCAGUGGUAAGAAGAGAAAAACGUCCAACGAAAACGAACCUGAAGAAUUCGAAUUUGAAUUUGAUGAUGUUAAUGAUUCUUAUUGGACGGAUAGGAUCAUCCAAAACCAUUCUGAAGAGCAAUUGUUGCAAGAUAAUCAAAAUGAAGGGCAAGAAUGUCAUGUUGUGGCUUAUGAACCAGAAAAACCAGCAAAAGCAAGCCGUAAAUCAAAUAAAAAGCGUGCUUUAAGUAGUAAUCACGAAAUUGAGACGAAGGAACAAUCAGAGCUUAUUGAGCGAAGGCGGCAAAAUUUGGCAACAGAAGUUGUAUUGAAGUUCACAGAGGGCAUCUAUUUUCCUUCAGAAAUUCAUCUAAAUAAAAUGUUUAGACGCUUUGGGGCUUUGAUGGAAUCAGAAACUGAAGUCGAUAGGCAGAAUGGCCGUGCACGAGUGGUCUUCAAAAAAUGUUCAGAUGCAGAAGUUGCUCAUAGUAGUGCUGGAAGGUUCAACAUUUUUGGGUCAAUUAGUGUAAAUUAUGAGCUCAAUUACACCCCUUUAGUCUCAUACAAACCUUUGCCCCUUCCGAUGUCACAAGAUCUCAUGAAUGCAAGCUAGCAGAAGUUAUUCUUUUCAGACGUCAGGUAAGACAGACGACCUGCAGAAGGCUUCUGGGGAAAGCAUGAAAGGCAAGUAUAAGCAUGAAUGUGGUUUCUUGCCUUGAAUAAAUAAAAUAUCAAGGGGAAAUUCAAAUUCCUUAUCAGAGUAGUUUAGUUUGGGUUAGCACACCAUGUUGAGGAUAGUUGUAUAUGAGUUGUUGUCUAUAUACCUAUUUCCAUUACUGUUAUGGUGGAUUUAAUGAUAGUUGUUCAUAGAAUACAACUUUGAGAGUCUAAUUUGAGAUCCUGUCGAAAAAGGGGCCGUGAUUGUUUGUUU